AGUUCUGCAUACUUGCGGUUAUUUAUAGAAUUGUACAUCCUUGCAUGCCACAAACAUGGUGUAGUUUUUGUGUAAUAUCUCACGGGGAAAUAUCUAUUUUGAACGACAUGUUGUGUACAUUGUGUACAUGGUUUUUAGUACAUUCAUGACAUCGGCACAGAUAUAAACCAUGAGGCAAAUAAAGUCAUCAAUCCUGAUUCUAUUGGUGGUAGCAGUUGCAUUAUUCUUCAUGGCAUACACCCUGUUGUUUGAGGACAAAAGCUUCCGUAAUUCUGUGCAAAAUGUUGUAAAUUUUCCAGACAAGGAAGGAAACAGUCCUUUAGAAUCAGACAAAGAUCAGAGAGAUACCAAAAUUAAACCAACAUUUAACUCAUCCAUGCCUUACGGACAAGAAAUUGCAGAUGUCCUGGCUGUGGCGAGACAAAUGAAUGUCAAACCUUUACUGGUUACCCUGAUUAAUGGAGCUUACCUUCAAUUUGCUUUAAGUUGGUUGUGUAACACAGAACACAUGGGAAUUCACCAACAGGUAUUGAUUAUCAGUACAGAUUUGGACACUAAAGAUACGAUAAAGAACCAAUGGCCGGAUAUAAAUGUAGUAGCUAUUUCCGGUAUGCCAUUAAAUGGCGACCAAUCAUAUAGCCAUGCAGGAUACGUUAGGUUAACAAACUUUCGAGCACAUGUAUUGUUAGAAUUAUUGUUAAUCAAUCAAGAGGUAUUUUUAUUUGAGGUUGAUGCAUUGUGGAUAAAAAAUCCAGUUCCUGUAUUAUCUAGUACGAAAAACGCUGAUAUUCUUGCAAAUCCCGUGUCUGAGAGACCUGGUUUAACAGCUAUUGGUUUUCUAUAUUUAUUCCCAACUAACCCUACGAUUCUUACUUGGAAAGAGUUGAACAGAAGAUUAUAUGAGUUAGAUAAGAAAAUUAAAUCCAUGCCUGCAGGAAAACUGAUUUCUGAAGGAGACAACGACCAGAUAUAUGUGUCUGGAAUAAUCAACAAACGGCUUGGAGGAUUGCAAAAGAAAGAGUUGCCAUUAGCAGAUUAUCCAGACGGGAAAUGGUAUGUGAUGUCAGAAGCGAAACGAAAGGCAUCCCGGCCGUAUGUAAUCAACAAUAACUGGGUCAUUGGGAACAAAAAUAAGAUAUUACGUGCCAAAAAGUGGGGACAUUGGUUUUUAAGUGACGAUGGUAAUUGCAACAUUACAAAUAUCAAACGAAUUACAGAAGACUUCUGGCAUCCUCUUGAGAAAAUCUGAAUUCUCGAAAAUAUUGUAGCCUGAGCUAUUGGGUUCCCUCAUGGAGUUCUAACCAAAGACGAAGUACGACCAUGAUAUGUCAUUAACAUGUGCGCACGAAAUUGCGCACAGUCACAAACGGUAUUGUUUAAUAUUAACGAUACCUCGAAAUGAAAACUGUAAUGCGAUAUGGAUUAUACAGCAUACAUGCCGAACUCAUUGACAGAUCAUAUCAAGUUCAAACUUUGUCAGAAUUUCUUCUGCGUACGUACAUAAGAAAUUGGACAGAUAAUUAGUGACUAUUUCUUAAGUUCGUUUUGUUUAAAUUUUAGAUUUUUAGUUCGUUUUGUUGAAUGAUUAGAUGGAAAGUUAGUUUUAAUUGAAUUGAGAUUUUUUUAGUAUAAGCCUAGUUGUUUAUUUAUGACCAAUGUCUUAUGGAGUUUGAAUUUACAUUAAUUUCCUCCAAUACAGAUUGGUCCAAUCAUACCAUUACUCCACAAUGACUAUUAUAUAUAUAUAUCUGCUUUCUUGUCUUCUUUUAUAUACACAUGUUCAAAAUUAUGAUAUUAUUUUGUCUUGUUCUAGAUAUUUUGUCUGCAUGUAAUGUUUGUUAUUUUGUAUCCAUUUAGGAUUUACUAGUAAUUAUUUGAUAUAUUUUUUGAAACGCCAUUUUAACUUGCAUGCACUUACAUGUAGUUCUGAGUUAUGAUUUGUUUAUACAAUCUGAGUUAUGAGCAAAUGAUUGUGUUAUAUGGACCUUUACAGAAGAAUUAAAGGAUUUGUUGUAUGAAACAAUUAUUACUUGGUAUGUGAACAAUUGUAUGACGUAUUACGUCUUUGUGCCAUAUCCAAUGCAAUUGUUUUAUUGAACAUUAUAUGUAUAUUUACAAUAACACAAAAUAAGAAAUAAAGAACUGUUAAACAU